AUGACAUCAGUUAUUCCUUUUGAUUAAGAAACACAUUAACUUAAUGGAAUUAGUUAACCAAAUGAAACUAUGAUUGAAGACUAUGAUGAAUUUCGAAGACCCCCUCUUUUAGAUAUAUGUCUAAAACAUUAGGUAAACCAUUUAUAUUAUUUAGUCUGCCACAUAAUUUGCAAUAGCAGAUGCUAAAGUAGAUUUAAAUAAAAGCAAUUUAUGUCCUUGUUGUGGUUAACCAAUCAUUCUUACUUAAUUACCAUUAACAGCAUCUAUUUUAGAUUUCAGUUUCAAUGGACCUGGAGUUUCUCUAUAUUUUGAUUUCUUAAUGUUUAGCUCGAUAUUGAUAUCCACAUUUAUGUAUAUGAUUAUAAGACUUUUAUUAGUAUAAUUUGUGGAAUAUACGAUUUAAUAGCUAGUUCUUUGGGUGAUACAUGUCAUAAAUUGAAUAUUAUGGGAGAAUUAGAAUGUGUUGAUAAUUUUUAUAGCAAAUUUGCAAAAUCAAAUCAAGACAAUUAACAUCCAGAUAUAGCAGGAAGUGUAUUAAACUUUAUCACAACAUUAAUCUUAAUAAUACUAUUGUUUUUAUAUAGAAAAAGAAUUAAUAUUUUGGCAAAUAAAAUUGAUGAAAAAAGUAUAUUAGCAUCUGAUUAUUCUAUAAUUGUUGAAAAUAUUCCUAGAGAUGCAAAAGAAGAAGAAAUUAAAGAAUUCUUUAGUAAAAUCAAUAAUGUUCAAUAUAAAAUACAAAAGAUUUGUAUGGGAUAUUAGAUAUCAGAGUAUUUGAGAAUUCUAAAAUAAAAGCAAGAGUAAGAGAAGACAUUUACUAAGAUUUUAGAAUGUGAAAGAUUAGGUAAACCUAUUCCUCCUCGAUUACCAAAUAAAGUUGAUUUAACCCAAACCUUAGAUUAGUUAGCAAAUCAAUUAGAUUAAUAUGAGGAUAAUUUUUAAAAUUCCUUUUAAUUUAGUGGUGUUGCAAUCAUAUCAUAUAAUACAGAAGAUGAAGCUAAUGCUGUCUGUAAAUUUUUCAAAGCAACAAGAUUACAUCUUAUUUUAUCUUAAGUUAUGAGAGUAAUAGGUAAGAAAGAUAUCAGAAGAUUUAGAGAUAAUGUUAUUGUAGUAUCUAAAGCACCUGAACCAGGAGAUAUUUUAUGGGGAAAUUUGGGAGUGACAUUGUUAGAAUAAUACAAAAGAAAAUUUAUAACAAAUCUAGCAACAAUAUUUUUAUUGGGAAUUUGUUUUGGAAUUUUAUUUGGAUUAUCUUAUGGAUAAUUUUCAAUGACUGAUACAGGAAAAGGAGAAGAAUUAUCUUAAGCAGAACUUGUUGCUAUUACAAUUUUAGGAGUUAUUGCUUCUGUUUUAAUUUCAAUUAUAAAUAAUAUUUUGGCAGUUAUUAUUAGAAAAUUUGCUGAAUUAGAAGCUCCAACAACUAAAACUGAAUAUGAUAUAAGUGCUGCAAAGAAAUUAGGUUUUGCUUAAUUUCUUAAUACUGCAAUAAUCACUUUAAUUGUUAAUUUGGUAAUUGUAAAAGAAGGAGAAAAAUCUUAUUAUGCUGUAAUAAAAUAGGGAGGUUUAAAUUAAGAUGUAAUGUUGAUUUUUAUUACUAAUGGAAUAAUGCCAUGGCUUAUGAGUUUAUUAGAUCCAUUUUAUAUAUAUAAAUUAUUUAUGAGAUACCAAAUACAAUUAUAAGGUUAGUAAUGUAAUGUUACAUAAUAAGAAGCAAAUGAGUAUUUUUAUAAUUAUAAUUUUAGAUAUUUUGCAGGUCCAAUGAUAGAUUUAUCAAAAAAGUAUGCAUAAUUGGGAAAGACUUUAUUAUUUACAUUCUUUUAUGCAUAUUUACUGCCUCUUGGACCUGUACUUUCAUUGGGUUCAAUAUUGGUGAUAUAUUGGGUUGAGAAAAUAUUAUUAUUAAGAAGAGAUUCCAAACCAGCACCAACAGGAAGUGAGAUGGCAGAGGAGAUGAUAGAUUUCUUUGGAGAAUUUACAUUAUUACUUUAUGCAGUAUUAAAUUAAUUAAUAAUAUAAGAUUGGCUGUUUAGUUUGGGAAUCAAUAUUAAAUGAUGCCAUAUUUCCAUUAACAUGGGUACAAUUUACAAUAGCUGUUCUAAAUUUCUUAAUUCCUAUAGAUACUAUAUUUGAUAUAUUUUGGAAAUCUGAAGAUAUCUCUACUCAAGAGUUUUAUGAAACAUAAUGUUAUAAGUUUUGGGAUGAUUAUGAUAGAAGAAAUCCAAUUACUGCUGAAAAGGCUAUUGAAACUUUCUUGAAAAACACAACUGCGUUACCUCAAUAAUAAUAAGUAGAUGGAAGAGGGAAUAUAGUUUAAAAGAAUUAAGAGUAUAGUAAAUAAGACAAAAAGAAAAAGGCUAAGAAUAAACACAAUAAGGAAGAUUGA